AUGGCAUGCUGGGAGGGCGUGACUCUCAACAUGUCCUUCGCUUUGUACGCCGGUGGUCCCCAGAUCAUGGUAGGGGGCAUGCUCAUAGCCUGGAUCGGAGCCAUGACACAGGCAGCAUCGCUUGCGGAGAUGGCGUCAAUUCAACCCAUUGCUGGAGCGCAGUAUCACUGGACCUGGGCCUUCGCACCAGCCAAACCAAGACGAUUCCUAACCUGGCUUCAAGGCUACGUGACUUGGUUCGCGUACCUAUCAGUGAUGUGCAGCAUCGCUCAACUCACAUCUUCGAUUUUUCUCAGCCUGGCAUCAUUCAUGCACCCAACCUACGAACCUCAAUCAUGGCACUUGGUCCUAGUCAUCUACCUCUUGCUCCUGUGGCAAGCACUCAUAAACAUCUUCGCCUUCAAAUGGGUCCCGCUGAUCGAAAUGAUAUGCACGGUCCUACAGAUCGCACUUUUCAUAGUAUACGUCUGCGUCUUCGCAGCAAUGGGGGAGAAGCACAGCGCCAGCUACGUCUGGACCUUCUUCCACACAUCCAAUGGCUGGGGCAACGACUUCGUGUCCUGGAACGUGGGACUCUUGUCUUGUGUCUGGCUAUGUAAGUUACACAACCUUAGGGCUUUCAAUCCUUGGCUUGGGGCUAAUAUCGCAAUCGCAGUCAUUGGUUUCGAUUCCGUGAUACACAUGAGCGAAGAAACCCGACAGUCCCGGCAAACGGUGCCCAAAGCCAUGUUCUGGUCCAUAGCGGCGAAUGGGUUGCUGGCUUUCGCUAUGGCGGUAGUGAUCAUGUUCGUGUCCGGGUCGCUGGAUGAUCUAGUUGCCUCGGACUUGCCGAUUCUCGUCAUCUUACAGAAGAUCACGGGCUCUGCCAAUGCCACGGUCGCGCUUAUUGCGAUUACAGCGCCAAUCUAUGUUAAUGCUGGAAUGGCUGGCACGGGUACCGUUUCUCGUCUGACUUGGGCCUGGGCGCGAGAUGGCGGAUUACAUCCAUGGUUCGCGAAAAUCAGCCCGACUUUGGGAGUCCCGAUUCAAGCUGUUGUGCUUCCCACUGUCGUGGUUAUGUUGCUUGCCCUAUUGAACCUCGGCCCUUCUGCUGCGUUCGGCGCGAUCGUUGCUUUGUCUUCCAUGGCCAUGUACUUUUCGUACUUUGUGGCCAUCGCGUGUUUCGUGUGGGCGAGGUUCCAGAGGGGUGCUGAACUGAAGAUGGGGUCAUGGGAUUUGGGUCGUGCUGGAAUUUGGGUAAAUGCAUAUGCCCUCCUGUACACCGCCUGGGUCUUCGUCUUCCUUCCCUGGCCAAAUACCUUACCUGUCUCUGCUUCGAAUCUAAAUUACGCAGGCCCAAUAUUCCUCGGCUGUGUCGGCUUCGCAUGUGUCACAUGGUUCGCAUGGGCAAGAAAGAAUUGGCCAGGCCUGCGCGAGGAGAUCAUCGAGUUCGUUCUGGCGGCCGAGAAAGAUGACUAG